AUCAAGACAUUUGCGAUGAUGAGAGAUCCUUGACGACGGGAGGAGGCAAGGCGAGAAAGCAACAAAGGAUAGGUCUUUCUUCUGUGCUCGUCAACCCACCGCAGGGAUCACACGGCCCAAUGGUCGCAGGCCAGUUUCUGCGAUCAUCCGAUCCCGGCACCACUGGUCUUUCGUCUCUACUCUUUGCUUUGGUCCAUCCGUUGUGCUUCGCCUAAGGAGCAAACAGUCGGAGAAGAGAUUGUCUGGGGAAAUGCAUUCGGUUGAGAUCAAUUUGUUGAGGAUGAUGAAUGGUAGACUGUCAUCCUGUAACUGAUCGUGUAUAUGAGGAGUAGCAAGAUGGGAUCUUUAGCGCAUUGCAUCACGAUAUUCUACAGUUUCCAUCACUUGCACAGCUUUCUGACGCUGCUACAUAUACCAAACCUUCAAAAUGCCCAAUUUGAUCCCUGUUCCAGAUUGUGAAUCUUGCCGUUGAAUGGAGGAGGGAAGAAGGAAGAAGAAGCGAACGCCUGCAACCGGCCAAUUCGAGGCAGAGCCCGGAGAGAUGCAAGAAAUCGAGGCAGCGGCCCUCGUGUCCAGGAUGAUCCCUCCAUGGUCCAAGCAAAUAACCCUGCGCGGCCUUGCCGCGAGCCUCGCCAUCGGGGUCAUGUACACUGUCAUCGUGAUGAAGCUCAACCUUACCACCGGCCUCGUCCCCACCCUCAACGUCUCCGCCGCCCUCCUCGCCUUUGCCGUCCUCAGGUCUUGGACCAAGCUGCUGCACAAGAUUGGCGUCCUUUCAACUCCCUUCACGCGACAGGAGAACACGGUGGUGCAGACGUGUGCAGUUGCUUGCUACAACGUCGCCGUCGGUGGUGGAUUUGGAUCCUAUCUGUUGGGUCUGAACAAGAAGACUUAUGAGCAAGCAGGGGUGGAUACAGAGGGGAAUGUACCAGGUAGCUACAAGGACCCUGGCAUUGGUUGGAUGACUGCAUUUCUUUUUACUGUUAGUUUUGUUGGACUCUUGGCCCUGGUUCCUCUCAGGAAGAUCAUGAUCAUUGAUUACAAGUUAACUUUUCCAAGUGGCACUGCGACUGCCAUCCUUAUCAAUGGUUUCCACACUCCUCAAGGAGACAACGUAGCUAAGAAGCAAGUCCAUGGGUUUGCAAAGUAUUUUGCAGCUAGUUUCCUGUGGAGCACUUUCCAGUGGUUCUGCUCAGGAGGAGAUGGGUGUGGAUUCUCACAGUUCCCAGUCUUUGGGCUGAAAGCUUGGAAACAGACGUUUUUCUUUGAUUUUAGCCUGACAUAUAUUGGAGCUGGCAUGAUUUGUUCCCAUAUUGUGAAUCUUUCUCUCCUUCUUGGAGCAGUGGUUUCAUGGGGAAUAAUGUGGCCACUAAUAAGUGAACUUAGAGGAGAGUGGUACUCUAGUAGCUUACCCGAAAGUAGUAUGAGUGGUUUGCAAGGUUACAAGGUCUUCCUUUCAAUUGCACUAAUUGUUGGAGAUGGACUCUACAAUUUCCUAAAAAUUUUAGCUUUUACUGCCAGAAACAUGCAUGCUAGAGCAACACGCAGAAUGAUCAAAAGUGGUAAAUUUAAUCAAAUUUAUUGUAGCAAAGAUUUCUUUUUCCACCUCCUAUCUUGCAACGUCAAUUAUUUUGCAUUUUGUACAGAGGCAGAUCAGGAUAAUCCAAUCCUUAAUGAUCUCCAACGUAACGAGGUAUAUAUAGAAGAGAGCAUACCAGUGUGGUUAGCCUACUCUGGGUAUGUACUGUUCACUGUGGUUUCCAUUGUUGUUAUUCCUUUCAUGUUCCCUGAGGUGAAGUGGUACUAUGUGGUCAUAGCUUACAUGCUUGCUCCAGCUCUUGGUUUCUGCAAUGCUUAUGGUGCUGGCCUAACAGACAUGAAUAUGGCUUACAACUACGGAAAAGUGUCUCUCUUUAUAUUGGCAGCUUGGGCUGGGAAAGACUCCGGUGUAGUUGCUGGACUUGUGGGCUGUGGCCUAAUUAAGUCCGUCGUUUCCAUUUCUGCUGAUCUGAUGCACGACUUUAAGACGGGUCAUCUCACUGUGACAUCCCCAAGAUCGAUGCUUCUUAGUCAGGCCAUUGGAACAGCCAUGGGCUGCAUUAUUGCCCCUUUAACCUUCUUUCUCUUCUACAAUAUCUUCGAUGUGGGGAAUCCAAAUGGAAAUUGGAAGGCUCCGUAUGCUCUGAUAUAUAGAAACAUGGCAAUUCUCAGUGUUGAGGGCUUCUCAGCACUCCCUCAUCAUUGCCUGCAGCUUUGUUAUGGUUUCUUUGGGUUUGCAGUGGUCGCCAACAUGAUGAGGGAUACUUUGCCAGCUAAGUACAGUGGUUGGGUUCCCCUGCCAGUGGCCAUGGCAGUGCCAUUUCUUGUUGGAGCUAGCUUCACAAUCGACAUGUGUGUUGGGAGCUUGAUAGUGUUUACCUGGCACAAGUUAAACAGAAAAAAAGGCGCUCUAAUGGUGCCUGCUGUUGCCUCUGGUUUUAUCUGUGGGGAUGGGUUGUGGAUGUUGCCUUCAUCGUUGUUAGCCUUGGCUAAGGUCGAUCCUCCUAUCUGCGUGAAAUUUGUGGCCAUAGAAUAGAUAUACAAAAGAAAGAUCAUCUGAUGGAGUUGAAAGAUAUUUCAUGAGAGGAUCUUUUAGUUUGAUGUAUCACGAACUUCAACAAGUAAAUUAUACAGGAAGAGAAACAAAUACCAUCUUAGUUGCAGAGAGUCUGAGGAUACUCCAUUGAUUUGGUUUUUGGAGGGUGGAAAUCAGCAACACUCUUUGUAAUAUAUGAGAUAUUGCUCUUUACCCUUUCUCCCAGACAAAGGUACAGAAGAAUGCAUUGGUAAAGAUCUUUCUAUGUUGAAAUUAGAGUUUCGAUUAUCAAGUUAUUCAAACAGUAAACAAGCUUACUGUACACAUCUUUCCAUUCCUUCACAUUGUCAUACUGAUGCAAGCUGUUUAUACUUGCGCCCGGCGGCUCCGCAACCUUCUUAUCGGAAGUUUCACUUGUGUCUUGGAUCUCAGACUAGACAAUGUGGCAAGUUUCAGCAGUACUAAACAUGUACAGCGACACUGUGGAUCUACUAAUUUGAAUCAGGAGACAUCUUGAGUUACUAUCUGUCUGUGCAUUUCCCUUUCGCCAAAGCAUGAGCUUGAGGUUGUAGAGAGCGAUCGAUACGGCAGAGAGGCUCCGGGAGCGUUAUGAUCGAUCACACGAUGGUUUCAUGUUUUGGAUGCUUUCGCCGAAAGGAAUGAACACAGCCCGAAGAAAUGCCAUCUUGGGAUGCUUUGUUAUGUGUCCAUUAUUUGGUAAGCUUCUCUCACAUGGUGAGGCCAACUCAGGAGGGGACAGCGAGGGAGAAGAACAGUUCGAUGCCAAACCUAAUAAGCUACCCAUCAUGUGGCCGACGCAUUUGUUCCAUCUCCUACCACUGGUGGCUUUGCCAUUGCAUUGAGCCCCAAAGCAAGAUUUCUCUUUUCCUGUUCCUUCUUUCCCAUUCAUUGUACAGCAUGUAUUAUGAUCUCAAUGUCGAGACUCGAAAUAAUAUGGCACCCUCUCUC